AUGUCCAGCCAGUCAUACCAGCAGAUGAUAAUCGCCUUUGAUGAGUUAAGAACGGAUUUCAAGAGUCCCAUAGACCAGUGCAACCCGGUUCAUGCGAGGGAGCGGCUGAGGAACAUCGAGCGCAUCUGCUUCCUUCUGAGAAAGCUGGUGCUUCCAGAGUACUCCAUCCACAGCCUCUUCUGCAUCAUGUUCCUGUGUGCCCAGGAGUGGCUCACCCUGGGGCUCAACGUUCCUCUGCUCUUCUAUCACUUCUGGAGGUAUUUUCACUGUCCAGCAGACAGCUCAGAGCUGGCCUACGACCCGCCGGUUGUCAUGAAUGCUGACACCUUGAGCUACUGCCAGAAGGAAGCUUGGUGUAAGCUAGCCUUCUACCUCCUCUCCUUCUUCUACUACCUGUACUGCAUGAUUUACACCUUAGUGAGCUCCUAACUCAGACCCUGCUGACGGAGAGGAGAGGCUGGGAAGCACUGCAGCUGUGGCUAGAGGAGCACCAGACGGGGAUGACGGAGAGACCCAGCUGGCAGAGACCGAAUGGACGGAAGUCACACAGCAGACAGGGCCAUGUUACCCCACGUGUGUCUGUCUCUGCCUUUGCCUUUCACAUCCCACAUGGGUUGCGGAACCCCUGUGAGCAUGGGGGUGUCAGCUUGCAGCUGCUGAAACACUCGACCUCUGGAGAUGCUGUCAUUACCCCUUCAUCCACUUCCCUGAGCAGCAGAACCACGCAAGUUCCCAGAGAGCUCGGCGGGAUGGUAGACACGAGGCCAGACUCUGGAAGGUGUCCAUCAAGGGACAGCAUGGCUCGGGGCCAGCGACAGAUCUUCAGGGAUGGCUGAGACCCACAAGGACACCAUGGGCUGCCCAAGACUCUUGUCAUAUUUUCCCCAGAGCUGUGGCCACAUGCUUUGCUGGUGCAAGGCUGUGGGGACUGCCCUGAGCCACCUCUCACGGCACUUUGAUGCUCUGUGUGCGGGAGCCUGAGUGCCGUGGCUUCCUGAGCUGGGUGUGGGCAUCAAGUCCUGUCCAGUGUCGACUGGGGAGGGGAGAACAUUGAUUUCUAAAAAUGUUCGCAACAUGUCCCAGGUGUGAGUUCUUCACCCUCCCGAGAUGUAUUCUGCCACUGUACCAAAAAUUCAUCAGUCAUUACAUGCCAAUCAGCUGGCUGGCAUGAGCCAAAGCCUAAAAAAACCUCAAAACAGUGCACAUCCCAGACACAGAGAGCUGUUCUUUACGUGGGUAUGGACAGCCAGCAAGUGAGACAAAACAAUUGUCACUUCCACUGAUGCUUCACAGCCUUUGUGGUGUUCAGAUCAAUGUGGGGACAUCUGCUUAUUUAGAAUUUUCCACUUGGCUUUUGCUCCUUUUUCUUUUUGGGUGGGAGUUGCAGGGCCGGUGUAAAUACUGACAAGGCUGAGUUUUUAUGAUGCUUAAAUUAGGCACAAUGAUUUUUACCUGAUUCCCCAAACUGCCUUGCUUUCUACCAUUACACCACUCACACACACACACACACACAC